GGCUCCCAUCCGUAAGUCGGCUGUGAUAGGGAGCGUUGUCGAUGACGAGCACUGAUGGUUCGUUCAGUGAGGGCAGCAAUCUCGUUGUUAGCCAUCGAUGGAAGAGUUCCGCAUUCAUUUCCCCGUGGUAGUCCCCAGUGCUGUUCUUAGCAGUGUAGCAAAGGAAUGAAUCUUCUAUGAAGCCGUUCUUGCUACCAGCUGCUACCACGACGAAACGUUCACCUUCUCCUGGCGGAACUUGACGGCUGUAGGUGACACUUGUGGAUGGUUGAGUGGUGUCCACCCAUUCCUUGCUGUGGUUCAUUCUGGUUGUGAACCAGGUCUCGUCAACGUAGACUAUCUGACGUCCCUCUUCGCGAAACUGUUUUAAAGACCUGAGAGCACGGAUCCUCUUCCAGAUGAUGUCCAUUGACUCCUUUCUUGCGUAGAGUUUGCGCUUUUCAGUCUUAUAGCGGAAUCCCAUCAUGUGAAGCAGUCGCCAUAACGAUGUUUCCGAUGUUCCGUCUGGUAGUAUUCCUUCCUUCUUCAGGUCUGUGGCAAGAGUAGCAAGUGUGAAACUCUCCUUUGCUGCAAACUUUCUGUGUAUAUGACAUCGAAUAGCACUGACAGUAAAGUCAUCAAUUAUGUUUUUUUGUAUAGAUGGCACAGUCUCUGGUGGCUGUGUGGUACAUGUCUGUACAGGAUAUGAUGGAGGGGCUGGUGACGGCGAUAUUGUUGGUGAUGGUGACGGGGUCGGCGAGGGCGGUGGAGGUGGUGUUCUUGACAGGGUCGGAGAGGGCGGUGGAGGUGGUGAUGGUGACGGGAUCGGCGAGGGCGGUGGAGGUGGUGUUCUUGACAGGGUCGGAGAGGGCGGUGGAGGUGGUGAUGGUGACGGGGUCGGCGAGGGCGGUGGAGGUGGUGUUCUUGACAGGGUCGGAGAGGGCGGUGGAGGUGGUGAUGGUGACGGGGUCGGCGAGGGCGGUGGAGGUGGUGUUCUUGACAGGGUCGGAGAGGGCGGUGGAGGUGGUGAUGGUGACGGGGUCGGCGAGGGCGGUGGAGGUGGUGAUGGUGACGGUGGUGGAGGUGGUGGUGUUGGUGAUAGAGGAGGGGUUGGAUGUCCUGCAUGCGGUUGUGUCCUUGUGCGGUGGAGGAUCACACGAACGGCGUUUGGUGUCAUGUCCAGUAUAG